AUGCAUUUAAAAUCUAAAUUGAAUAAUGUAAAAUAACUAAUAAGAAAAUAAAUAAGAUUUAUUUUGGUAAAAAGAACAAAGAAAAAAAGAAAGUAAAUGGCAAGACUUUAAAAAAAUAUUAUUUUAAUUUCAAUAAUUUGCUUUUAAUUUAUGUAUAUUAAGGCUGAUCAAUGUAAUCUGAGCAUAGAUUAACUAAAUAAUCAAAUAAUUUACCCUAUCAUGGAAAAUUGUUCUAAAUAACUAUGCUUUUAUGGAAACACUACUUUAACGAUUUAAUAUGAAAGCAUUAGAAUUAAUUCUAUUACAUUAAAAGCAACUAAUAAAACUAGCUAGUUGACUUAAUUAGUUUUAAAAACACCUCCCUCUUAAAAUCUACUAACAAUAAACUCUUAAUUUCUUGUCAAUAUAACUGAUUAAUAUAGUUAGGGAUCAUAUAGUUUUAUAAACUUAUUGUAAAACCAGACAACUAAAUGGAUAGUAAAUAUAUGA